AUAUGUUAUAUUAAUUAAGUAUGUACUAAUAAAGUAAUAAAUAAUAAUAUAGAGAUAACAUUGUAACAAUGUGACAUUUAGUCGCCCGUAUGACCAUAUUAUUAUAUGUAAUAUGUAUAAGAUAUAUCAAUAGCUUCGAGCUCACGAAGUCACGUUUAAUAAUACUUGGUAGGUAGGUACUCAUUAAUUAUUAUUAUUAUUACUUAAUAUUUAUUAAUAUCUUAUUUUAUAAAUUUUAUGAUUGUCGAUUAUCAUGAAUUGUGACCAUUUUAUUACAAAAAUACCUACCUAUAAAUAGUGGUGUAUUAUACAUUUGUACAAUUGUACAUAGUACAUUCAUAGUUCAUAAUUUAGUUUUCAUUCCUCACUGGCUCGCUCAGUGUCGUUUACACUGCUGCAGUUUCCGCGAUCUUUUUCUAUGGUCAAUCAAUUAUUUAUCACGAAUUUGUAACUUAUCGGACAUAGACAUGAACAAUAAUUAUCCAAGUAAGUAAUAUUUUUAUUAAAUCCAAGUAAUUGUAUCCAUGUUAUAACAGUACUUAUUGUAGACUGUAGUAAUUAACACGUAAAGAAUUUAGAUGAUAUUGUUAUUAUAAAUGUAAGUAUAACUAAACUACUACUAAUUGUUGGCGAUCGGCAUCAUUGUGGACAUCAUAUUAGCCUAAUUAUAUAUUUAAAAAAAAAGGAACUCUAGUGUAUAGUAGUUGUAGGCAGUCAACACCGGGUCAAACACAAUUCUUUGUCACAAAUUCUUUUUCAUGUACCUAAUAUUAAGUUUUAAUCUUUUUUUACUUUAGAUCAUACAUAGGAUUUACUAUCCAUUGGAUUAAUCCGCAAACACUGGAAAGAUGUUCGAAAGGACUUGCUUGUAGACGUAUGGUAGGAAGACACACAUACGAUAAUAUUGCUGAAUCAAUAGACAAAGUACUCAACGAAUUUAAAAUCCAGAAUAAAACAACAUUAAUAGUCACUGACAAUGCAGCAAAUUUUGUCAAAAGUUUUAGAGUGUACAGUAAUGAUAAUGAUGUUGAUCUAAAUGAAUGCAUUGAUACAAAUAUCGCAGAAGAAAAUGAAGUGUCUAUUGAAAUCACGAAUACUCUAGAUGGUGAACCAUCUAAUAUUGAUAACAUCAUUAGUAUAUCAUUACCCCCUCACCAAAGGUGUGCAGCACACACUAUGAAUUUAAUAGCUUCAGUUGACAUUAAAGAUGCUGAAAAAGACCUUACAUAUAGGAAUAUCAGUCAAAAAGUUUUUAAAAAGUGCCAAUCAAUUUUCAACAAACAAAAUCAAUCAACUCUUAGUGCAGAUAUUAUAAAAAAUCAUCUUGGUCGAUAUCUUAUCACACCUAAUGCCACAAGAUGGAAUUCAUAUUAUGAUGCUAUGACAUGCAUUGUUCAAAAUAUUGAUAAGAUGGAAAAUGUUUGCAAUGAUUUACAACUGCCUACCAUAUCAGGACCUCGAGAAGUCUCGUUCUUACAAGAAUACUGCAAUGUCAUGAAACCUAUAUCUAGAGCAUUAGAUAUUAUUCAGGGUGAUAAAAAUGUAUCCUUAGGAUAUUUGCUCCCUACUAUAAAUGCAGUACACAAAUCAUUAAACGAUAUGAAAAAUAUUGUUUUCUGUAGGCCAUUAGUUGUUGCACUAAAAAGAGGAUUAAAUAAAAGGUAAUAUUUUUAUAUUUGAUAUUUCUGAUUUAAUUGAUGAAUUAUUUAAAUAUUACCUAACCUAUUAUAUUGUUUAUAAUAAUAAAAAAAUGUGUAUAGCUAA